AUGGAAUUUGGAAAGUCGGCGGCCACUGAGGCGCCUACCUUCACAUUUAACCUCGAUCCAAACCCAUCGAAGACGAAGAAAGGUGGAACACCUUUCCAACCUUGUCCCCGAACCGAUUGCGUCGAGUAUCGAACAAAGCAUUACCGGCUCGUUUGGCAACUCAAAGAGGCACGGCAAACCCUCGAGACAAGGGAGGGAGUCUUGCGAACGAGGAUCGCCCAAACCGAAUCCUACGACCAAAGACUUCAAGCCGCACAGAAAGACAUCACAGCUUACGACGAAAUCGUCGAAAAGUUGGAGGCAAGUUAUAUCGCAGAGAAGCUGAAGAACGGCAAUUACGCGGAUUUGGAAGUAAAACAUCUGGAACUGAAGGCAAAAAUGGCGGAUAAAGCAAGGGAAGACGAGCUCCUCAUCCUGGAUCUGCGACAACAGAUUGCCAAGUUGAAGUACGAUAAUGAUAACAACGAAGACUACAUCAAAACAGCCGAAGCCAAUAUCAAAGAUCGAGAAAGCCAUGUUGAUGCGCUACACUCACGUAUCAAAGCCCAAGAAGAGGAAAUUCGGACCUUGAAGACUGAUAAGAUCAACUUUGGAAAUGAGGCACAUAGAUUGACUCGGGAAAACACUAAGGUUCAAGAAGAAAGUAACAGAGUGCGCAAUGAAUUUAGUCGACUUGAGAAGGAGAUCAAGAAGUUACAAGAAGAGCACGCAGUUGAAAGACAAAAUUUCCACGACCGAAUCGUGCUUGAACAAACCAAACUCGAAGACUUCAGAAAUGAUGCCAACGAGGUCCGGAAACAUGCCAAUGAAAUGGAGGUUCUCUUGAAGCAGAAAGAUGUGGAAACGAAGGAUCUUCUGAAACAGCUCGAUGUGGUUGCUGUGGAGCUCAAGAACAAAGGCGGCGUAGCAACUGAAGAUCAGCAAAAGGCGCUGGCGUACUAUAUUAUGAUGGCACGCAGUCUCGUUACACAGGUGGGAAAACUUCAACAGACUCACAGACCGACUUUCCUCGCAUACCCAGAGGCUUACUGGGCUAGAAAUGCUGCUGGUAAAAAGUUAGAGGGUGACGCGGAGAAUGACGAAGAGGAAGAGGAAGAGGAAGGAAUUCCUCAGCCAGAGGAGGAGGUAGGAAGCAGCAGCACAUCGUCUUCUUCCGAAUACGAAAGCCCUCAAGAUGAACAAGAAGAAGAAAAAGAAGAAGGUUCUCCCGAUCUACAACUCAUCCACCGAGCCAGACGUCGUGGCCACGGCGCGGGUGCUGGUAUUAUCAAAUAUAUCAAUCGAAUAGUCCACGUCCCCGGUCAAGAUAUCGUGCACACAGUUCCUGGCCCUCCUGUCGAGGUUCCGGUCCCGGGUCCCAUACAAUAUAUCAAUCGUGAAGUAUCUGUACCAGGUCCUGUUGUAUAUGUUGAUGUGCCCGGCGAAGAAGUCCCAGGACCCAUUCGUUAUACGCCAUUCCGAGUAUUCGCUCACAACCCCAUCACUUGCUGGCUCAUGGUUGAAUUUAAUUUCCUCGUCCUCUUCUCCCACUGGGUCAGACAUCUUUUAGCAUACCUCAGUUGGCUCCCUGUAGCAGUCUAUUUUGGCUACGAUUGGACCCCACCAACUCCUGAUUAUGCAGCAACAUUUUCUUCCGACAGUGAUGCCGAUGAAGCUGGAGCACCCCCGGAUGGUGGUAGACUACAUCGGCCUGGGUCUACACUCUUCUCCGCACUGUUCCGUACAAGGCCGGGAAGAAUGCCAUCUACCUGGAAUACGUUCUGGGGCUUGGCAUUCCAUGCUUUCGUCUAUCUUACAAUUUGGUUGUCCUUCUCUGUUUGGAAAGAACGAGCACUUUGGUUUGCAGAAAAUGAUGCUACUCGUAGAUGGCUUCAUCAAGUUCUGGCGCAACGCGCCUCCAAUGGCUUCCUUGGUAUGAACCAAAUCUUACCUCAAACCAUCAAUCGUCAAUUGGACAUAUUGAAAUUCGAUCUUCUGCAGCUUGCGGGCAUUCCUGUCACAUACCAAUUUCCCGGUUAA